CCAAGCGAUGAAGAUUCUCGUCGGAGUCAAGAGAGUUGUCGACUAUGCUGUCAAGAUCCGUGUCAAGCCGGACCGCUCGGGAGUCGUCACCGAAGGAGUUCAACACAGCAUGAAUCCAUUCGACGAGAUCGCUUUAGAGGAGGCCGUCAAGCUCAAGGAGAAGAAGCUCGCCACCGAAGUCGUCGCGUUCUCGCUCGGCGGACCAAAAUCCGCCGAAGUGCUCCGGACCGCGUUGGCGAAGGGCGCCGACAAGGCAGUUCACGUUCAGGUGACCGACGCCGAAGCUGGCAAGCUCGAGUCAUUCCACGUGGCGAAGGCGCUUCAGAAGAUUGUCGAGCAGGAGAAGUUCGACGCGGUUUUUCUCGGAAAGCAGGCAAUCGAUGAUGAUUCGUCGCAAACUGCUCCGAUUCUCGCUGGCCUGCUCGAGUGGCCACAGGCUCUCUACGCGUCGAAGGUUGAAGACGCAGGCGCUGGACACAUGAAGGUCACCCGUGAAAUUGAUGGAGGUCUUGACACGAUUAAGGUCAAAGUGCCAUUCGUCCUAUCCGCCGAUCUUCGCCUCAACGAGCCCCGCUACGCGACUCUUCCAAACAUCAUGAAGGCCAAGAAGAAGCCACUGAAGAACAUUCCAAUCAAAGAUCUGAAUGUAGAUAUCACACCACAAACUGAAACUCUUGAAGUCACCGAGCCACCAGUUCGCCAGGCCGGAGGAUUCGUCGACGAUGUCUCGGCACUUGUCGCCAAGCUCAAGGAGAAGGGAUUCGUCAAGGCUUAAGCCCCCGAUAACCUCUUCCGCCGCUGAAUUAUUGUAGUAGUCGAAUCAGAAAAUUUUGUAUUUAAAUUAUUUUUAUUAUUUUUUCUAUUCAAUGUUUUAUGUGAUGCAGGUUUAAAAAAGUAUGAAAAAUUAUUUU